AUGCCGGUUCGAGCUAAGAAACACGUCGCGACCUUGCCUGCAGACGGCUUGCAGGCGCAAAGAAUGUUCAAAAAGCACAAAGUACUACCGCAUCCUAGGAGACAUGCAAGCGACUCUGCGCAUUCCUAUGAAGUGCGGUCGACGCCUAGGAAAUAUGACCUCGACGUGGAUGCUGUAGCGUCGCAAAUGCGAGGGCCGCAAUACCAAAGCCCCCAGACACUGAGACACCAACCUAAGCGGAUAGGCAGUGGCCCGGAUUUGCCUCCGACACCGCCUUCCCACUCGCGAACCUCAUCGAGCACUCACUCCAUCCAGCAUCCGAGCCCAGCGCCCGCCGAACUUCAUGCGCCGGAAUCACAGACACCAACAACCCCAGCGCGCGCGCCAGCGACUCCUCCGAACCAGAAAAGUCCACCAACGCCUGACGUGACGCCGCCUCAACCUGCCACUCGCCCCAAGGCUGUUCGACCGAUACCUAUCGACCGCACAGUAUCGAAAGCUACUACUAUCGAGUCGCGGACUGAGUCUUUUCGAACUGCCAGAGAAGAGCCCUUCUCCUCUGAAGAGGACUUGCAGUCGACUGUCCGGCCAAAUAUUCUGUCAGCACGAACUUCCCAGAACACAGUUCGUCGCGUUUCCGAGCCUCAGACGAGGACGCCGCCCCCAGUCGGUUUAGGCCUGGGACUGGAGUCACCUUCUGAGGACCUUCCAACUCCCAAGGCCAAGGCAGACUUUGGUAGCUUUGACGGAGAAUGGGCCUCGAAUAACGAAGUGGAACAAGAAUGGGAUGACAACCUGGGCAGAAAUGUUACAGUAAGAAAGAGGCGUACUAAGCCCGAAGCCCCGCCUCGGACUGGAAGGCGGAGGGUCGAGAUUAUCGAAGACCGCGUUGUUACACCGACAAACGCUACCAAGGCGGUGCGCGCCAUGUCCCAACGAGACAGGGCAGCUUUCUACGCACCUAGCGAAAUCGCUUGGCCCAACACUUCGACCCCAGGAAAGACAGCUGAUGCGGACUCUCGCAGAAUGUCGGGAAUGUCUGCGAAGUCUGCAAAGUCGACCAAGUCGGUUGCCUCGACUGUUGUCGAGGCAAUCUUGGUCGAAGCUCCUUCAAUCCCCCAAAGGAGGCAGACACUCAGACACGUCCGAAAGCAAUUUGGGUUGAGGGACUCAGGCUCUGAUCUGUCUCCCCUCAGCUCUGCCACAAAUUCAGCUGUUCAGUUGGAAGGAAGUCCGAGGCGAUCUAGGGCGCUCACUCGUCCUAGCGAAAGCCGUCAUGACAGUUAUGCCUCAAACACCACGUUCAACUCGAUUUCAAGUAGCAAAGCACGCAGGGAAGUCUGGAAGAGCGGUGGCAUACCGGUCAUUGUUGUUCCGGAUCGUCGAUCGUCCAAAUCUAGCCGGGAGCCGUCUCUCAGGUCGACCAGCAGUAGGCGAUCCAAAAGAAGUAACAGUAUCGGUUCGACGACUCGUACAAAUGGACCAAGAAGUCACGACUUGCCUACGCCUGUAUUCGAGCGUCCAGGGCGAAAACUCCGCUCAAUGUCCGAGUCAGAUGGAUCUGACCAACGCACGAUUGACUACCCGCCCGUCAUCCCGAAGCGUUCUUCCUCCUUAUCCGCUCCGACCAGCCGUAACACUUCGCGCGCUGGCUCACUCACCGCGGAAAGUUUGAAAUCUCAGAACGCUUUGUUGAAUCAACAGCCUGGACAUGAAACGAGGGUACCCGCCUUGACCCUCCAAAGAGCGACCUCCUCUGAGACUGAUAACGGCCACCAUCACCGAGACCACAAACUUAACGUUGACCGUCAUGGUGAUCCCUUCUUUGGCAAACGGCUAUCUACGCAAAAUACGCCCUUCUCAGCAGCUUCGGUAGAAACCAGCGGCACUGCGCCCGAAGUGUCUGAGGCCAAGGCUGUGAGCUUGUACCCUCAUCAAAACUCAUCCGUGCUUGUUGUCAACCACUCCAACAAGCCAUCGGAGGACUCUGAGGACUCGCAGACGGAGAGAGAGUUGCCACAAACGCUUCAGAGGCCUACGAUCAUCACCACUGGGCCAGGCGGCGAGUGUCCAACCACACCACCGCAGCCUCGGCAUUCCAUGGACGACGUUGAUUCACCACUCCGCAACCCUCGCGCGGCGCCUCCGGUCCCUCCAAUUAAUCCACCUGCGAUUCAGUUCAUUCCCGCAACGCCUUCGGGGCUGACCCCCAAUCAUGAGAGACAACGCAACAUGGGCAACUAUUUCGAGGCGAUGGAGGAGGAGCAGCCUCAGCGGAGUAGAUCUGUUAUCAAAAGGGCAUUGGUCCGACGACGAAAUUCGGAGACGUACCCGCCCAAGAGUGGCAGACCUGGGCUGCUUACCAGAACCUUUUCUCUAACGAGGAGAGGAUCAAGCUCUGGGACUCGCGGUGAGGACCAUUCUGCCGUGGAAGAACCAUGCUCAUGCCCGGAAUGCAUGGCCCGGCCGCCCGAGGACGACCGGUUGCAUCCGCACUGGCGUCCUGCCUACUCAGAUCAGGAGGACGAUGUGUGGGAGAGAGAAAUGGAGGACGAGCCCAUCAGCCAGGUCUAUCGAUACCCUCCUAUUGACAAUCGGCCGAGCCCCCGAAGACGUAUUAGCGAGCGGGUGAAGAAGACGUUUGCCAUUCUUCCUGCACGUGGUGAGGAUGACGUCUACUCUGGAUCUCAAAACGAGCCUGAUCGCCGAACCAUCCGCCGGACAGGCAGCGGGAACCUACGGGUCAUGAGACGCCGUGGCAGCCUCGACUCUCUGAGCGAUCAAUCACCACCUACCUCGGGGCCCUCCACGAGGCAGAACGACAACGAUCGCGACGCAGAUGAGCGGCCGAAACGAAGACGUCGUUUCUCGAUUUCGGGCACCUUGGAAGGGUUGCAGAACCUUCCGCGACAGCUGAACGAGCGCAAGCGAGAGAAGAGGACGAAGGAGCUGAGACAGAAGAUCAGCGGGCCGCGCGAAGUGAGAGACGGCAUGGGCGACGUCCUUCGAAGGAACUCGUAUCGCGGCCCCCCAAACGAACAAAAUAACUUGCCAGUCGCACAUUUUUGA